AGGUUCGGCAUCUUGGCUUGAGCUGCGGUGGAAGCGAGUGGGCGGGCCGUCAGAGCAGGGGUGUCGCCGGGACCCGAACUCCCAGGUCCACUUAGAGCCCGUCGUUGUGUGAAGCGGCCACGUCUGAGCCCCGGGGGCGGACCCGUGCUGGGGAUAUCGCCGUGUGACCUCGACCAGGAUACCCGCUCCCAAGGUCUUGUCCUGUUGAUGAACGCCGUCCGGUCCCUGUAAGCACCGUCGAGGCAGGAAGCCCAGAGCUGCGCCCGCCCUUUCGAAAGCCGUGGAAGGGGUUGGGGUGGGUGCAUCUUAGCUGACCCCAUCCCGAUUUGAGGUCUGUCGGCUCUGCCCUUCAGCGUGGUGCCCUGGGAAAUUAGAGUGAUUUUAAGUCAAGACUUCCUCCACUUCGGCUCCUGGAGAAUAGAAACACCAGAAGCCCUUGCGUUAGUCAGGACCCCAGGGCUUGGGAAGGGCCCGCUGAGCUGCUGACGACCCUCCCUGUUCCUUCCUCGGCACCCAGGAUGGGUACCCCCGCCUCUGUGGUGAGCGAGCCGCCCCCCUGGCAGGCCCCGACGGAAGCCCGGGGCCGCAAGCAGGCCUCGGCCAACAUCUUCCAGGACGCUGAGCUGCUGCAGAUCCAGGGCCUGUUUCACCGCAGCGGGGACCAGCUGGCCGAGGAACGAGCGCAGGUCGUCUGGGAGUGUGCAGGGGACCACCGUGUGGCGGAGGCCUUGAAGAGGCUGCGCAGGAAGAGGCCCCCUCGGCAGAAGCCCCUGGGCCCCUCGCUACACCACUGCAGCCGGCUCAGAAUCACAGAGCCCCGCGCUCCACCGGCCGACCCACAGAGCAGUGCCACGGAGAUGGCUUCCAGCGAGCAGUAUCUGAACUCCAGAAGGACCAAUGCCAGGAUCCGCCGGAACUGGAGGAAGCCAGGUCCCACAAGCUACCUUCAUGAGAUCAGACACUGAUUCGGGGAAGGGGCUGGGAACAGCUGUAUCUUCCCCAGGAUUCAUAGGGACUUUUGCCAAAGGGCCUGGGGAGGCGAAGAAGGAAGAGAGCUGAGGCAGACAGCCCCACUGCUGCCACUGGCCUGCUCGAGUCAGAACAGGCCCGAAGGCUUCCACUGAGCUGUUAUAUGGGACCCAUUCCUCACCAGAUUGAGGAGAAACAGUGACCGUUCCUGCCUCAGCCCUUCUCAAUUUAACACUAUACCUGGGCUGCAUGAUAUUCCCCUGGGAGUCAAGGACAGGCACUCAGACUCAGCAUCUCACCACUCCUGCUACUGACCCUCCUACUACUACCGUAACGCGUGGUCCAGCAGCUUGUCCCACACCCCUGCCCCUUCAGGCCAGCACAAGGAAACCAUGGUUUAAGUGGCAAAAUAAAACCAUUCGCAUCAA